AUGGUUUACAACCACCUUUCUUGGCAUGAGAUGACUUACUUUACUUGGCAUGAAACCUGUAAGGAGUUUAUAUUAAACUCCCUUUGGAGCCUCACCUUCAGGAAGGCAUCGCAAGGAAAGAGCGACAAGAGGUUACGAAGAACACUAGCUAUCUCUGGACCUACCUAUAUUAGCCAUGAGCCAUCACCGAGCGGAGUUGAAAGAAAAGAGACAAAACGUCUGGGCUUCGGAUUGAUCUUAAUCACAUUGGGAUGGUACGGGGGAACAAGAUGGACUCGGUUAGGUCACCCCAAGUCCUUUUGUUCCCCCUAUCAGCCUACCAUACUUCGACAUGCUAUACCGAGACGACGGUGGCUCCAUACCCUAAGAUGA